GCUGCACAACUAUUUUUUUUGGCGUGUGUAGCUGAAGCAAGCCGCUUGGCAAAUUUCUUGAAAAAUAGAGAAGCGAGCAUCAAUUUAGUUGAAAAACUCGUGCGGCCCGGCAUCAUUGCAUUUUUUUUGAUUCGUGAAAAUCGUGAAGCGCGUACACAGCGAAAAAAACAUGUCUGACGAAAAGAAGGGAGGCGAAACCGAGCACAUCAACCUGAAGGUACUUGGCCAGGAUAAUGCUGUGGUACAAUUUAAAAUUAAGAAACACACGCCUCUACGCAAGCUGAUGAACGCAUACUGUGACCGUGCUGGACUUUCUAUGCAAGUGGUGCGCUUCCGUUUCGAUGGACAGCCUAUCAAUGAGAAUGACACUCCGACCUCGCUGGAGAUGGAGGAAGGCGACACUAUUGAGGUCUACCAACAGCAGACUGGCGGCGGUGUUUAUUAAAUAUAUACUUGUAUGAAUGGUAGUUAAGCUAGUUACUCUUCAUUUUUACGACACGACAACCAGACACAACAAAAAUAAGAUAAACAAAAAAAGCAACACUUAAACACCAGCGAACUUUUAUUCAACAAACAAACAAAAACAAAAUGAGAGGUUGCGAUUUCAUUUUUGUGGUUCAACUUUUGUCUGUGCGAGCGCAAAAAUGGUAACAACUAAGAAGUAUCCCUACAAAAAUAGAUCUUAAUAUGUAUUUGCAAAACAAAACUGGAAAAUAAAACAUUCUGUAAACUAUGAUUUAAGAACUGAUCCACAAAA